UACCUGAGGACACACCGUUAUAAUACAAAACAGUCACCAGGGGACAUAACUCUACAAAUUACUGCAACCUGUCUCCCUGGUCUUGAGAUGGGCUCCCUACAUACAUUAGUCAGCCUUGGACUCGUCGUUCUGUCCACAACUUUCGGUGCCUGUCAAAACACUACAUCAUCCGCCACCACAGAUAACAUCACAACUCUUGGAUCCACCAUAACUACCGGAAACAGCACUGGAUCCGCCCCUUCGAUCACUUCCGGUGCCGUGUCAACAGCUUCAGUCAUAACACAGAACAUCAGUACAUCUGUACCCAUCACUACCGUCACCACUGCGCAUGUCACAACGGAAGACUUUACGCCCCACUUUUCAAUUCUUCCCGCCAACAAGACUUCCACCAUUAGAUCCACCCAUGGACCACCCAGCUCUACCACAAAGCCCGGAUUUGACGGUGCUUCGUUCGGCGGGGGGAUCGGCGCGGGGAUGGGGAUUUUUCUGCUGUUAUUGUUCUUUGGAAUACUUAUCGUGACCAUGAGGAGAAAGAUGCAAGGUCCUAACUAUGAAGUGUUGUAAAAAACAGUCCAGCCUUUAAUAGAGAUACUGUUUCUGAUUCAUUCCAUUUCACUGUAAUUUUUUAAAAGUUCAUAUAGAGAUAUAUUUCUUUAUGCACGCAAUAAUUUUACACGGAUCUAGACAAAAUGGUUUCACUUGGAGAUUUUCCGCCGUAUUCAUAGAACAUCCGCUAAGGAACUUUUUUAAGGAAGCAAUUUUUCAUAUUUACAAAUCAAACCCUAUCAGAGCGGAGCCUUAGUGAAUACUUCAAUAUGGUGCUUUGAUCUUCUGGAUGACUCAUAGACAAUAAACAUUAUGCC